CCUAUAUAAACCGGUACAGCCUUUCUUUUUUCAGUUUCUAUUGUAGGGUGGGUUAAUAGCAGAAUGGCUCGUACCAAGCAAACCGCUCGCAAGUCCACCGGCGGCAAGGCGCCCCGCAAGCAGCUGGCCACCAAGGCCGCCCGCAAGAGCGCCCCGGCCACCGGCGGCGUGAAGAAGCCUCACCGCUACCGGCCCGGCACCGUGGCGCUGCGGGAGAUCCGCCGCUACCAGAAGUCCACCGAGCUGCUGAUCCGCAAACUGCCCUUCCAGCGGCUGGUGCGGGAGAUCGCCCAGGACUUCAAGACGGACCUGCGCUUCCAGAGCUCUGCUGUCAUGGCCCUCCAAGAGGCGAGCGAGGCCUACCUUGUGGGGCUGUUCGAGGACACCAACCUGUGUGCCAUCCACGCCAAGAGGGUCACCAUCAUGCCCAAAGACAUCCAGCUGGCCCGCCGCAUCCGUGGCGAGAGGGCUUGA